GUUUACAACUUAUAUUACAAGCAGAAGAAAUUGAAAACAGAAUACUGAUUUUGACUUUGAGCUAAUAAUACUAUUGUAAUAUUAGCUCAAAGUUGUCAAAGCGGACCCCAGGCGCUUGAGCCGUGGUAACUGACGGGAUAUCGCAAAGAGGAUGAUGAAUUAGCUCAAAAUUGUUGAGCAUUAGACUUUUUGUUCGUCGCGACAUCUAUUGACAAGUAGCAGUGCUGAUAAUUUACGCUAGUGUCGCUAGUUGAGGCGUGAUUGACGCGUGGAUUACGCUAGAUGUCACUUCAAAUAACUUGCGUUUACUGAUGUAUGGAGUUACAACUCUUCCAUCACUAUUCCUCUAUGGUAACUUCGGCUAUUGUUGUAAGUAUAUUAAAACAUUUCAUUAUUUAUUUAUGGUGUGUUAAUUACCUACGGGUCUCCCUGCGUUUAUCCGCUACAAAUUCUAAAAUAAAGCGUAUUCUAAAAAGUAAAAACAAGUACUUUGUCUGAAAAGUACAUUAGUAUAGUCUCACAGAUAGGUACAACGAUAAACUAAUUCAAUUUAUGGAUAAAUCCUUACGGUUACGGUGACCGCUUUCCAUAAGGCGGAGUAUACCUGUUUGCCACCGACGUGGUAUAAAAAAAAUGUCAAUGUCAUCGCGCUGUCCCGGUCACACCGUGUAACACAUUUAUACCAGUCAGUUUGGAAGCACCAGUACUACGUUGCACGCACUAUGCGUAGCCUAUGAGAGAGUGAAUCUCAUGAAAAAAAACUCAAAAACCUCACUGUCUUAAUAUCUAGCCCGCGGCUGUCGGCAGUCACAUUCUUAAAUCCGCGGCAUCCGUACGCGCUUCCAAAUUUGAAAAAAGAACGCUCGAAAAAAUUUGUUUAAAAUGCGCGCCGCGUUUUUCUUUUUAAUACUCGCUUCGGGCGCGAUGGCGAAGGAGACUGGAUUUAUGCCAGUAUUAGAAGAAAAGUUUGCAGAAAUAUUAUCCGAUUAUAUAGGAUAUGUUACAAGUUGGUUCCAAAAUUUUAACGAUGAACAUGUAAGGAAAACGGAAAUGGGAAGAUUUUUAAAUUAUGAUGAAAUGAAAAAGAAAUUGGCAGAUGCUGAAAAUCAUUCAGCCGAAGGCCGAAGUGGCAUGAAGAAGAUCGGCAACACAAUGAUGCCGCUGGUGUUCCACGUCGGCGCCGCAUCCACUUGGAUGUUGCUGACCACUCUGCUGACGGCCAAGACGCUCGCAGUUGGACUGGCGUUACUGGUGUUUAAAAUUGCUGCUGGGUCUGCUAAGCUGGCGUCCUUCUUUACGCAACUAAAGCACAGCAAAGAGGAUCAUCACGGAUAUUCUUCAGCGUGGACCCCGCACUACGAACACCAUGAUUACCACAUAGAGCACCACCCCGACCAUCAUGGUACGAUAUCCCACCAAAGCUGGACCCCCAGUUACACACCACACCACUACCAUGAAUACAAAAACGAGUAUCGCGAUUACAAAAACCAGUUUCACGAUUCUAAAAACGAGUUUCACGAUUCGCAAAACGAGUUUCACGAUUCAAAACGAGUUUCACGAAACAAAAAAUGACAAUUAUAACACAUACGAAGUUAAUGAUUAUAAAACUAUUACUACACAUGACAUCCAGGGGUCGAGUGAAGAUUAUAGUUUGGAAGGUGCUAAGAAAAAGGUUGACAUUAAAGUAGGGUAGU